CGCGUUGUUUACGUUUCGUUUUCGAGAGUCGAACGAAGCCGCCGGAGCAGCGAUCCCCGUGGUUUGUCGAUUUGCCAAGUUUUCUUCCCAAAUUGUACGCUUUAAAAUCAAUCAAAAAUGUCCUCGUACCAUCUGAGCACCAAGGAGCGCCUGCUGGCCAUCGUGGACGAUAUCGAGAUCAUUUCCAAGGAACUCAUCGAGAAUACGAUCGCUCCGAAGCACCAGAAGAUUUCCAGCGCCGACCAUGCCCAGCUGGUGGAGCUGCUCGUGUCCAAGGACAAGGAGAUGAAAUCGACGCUGCAAUUGGCAGCGGACCAGGCCGGAAUCGAGCGGAAGAUGGACGGCCUGCGGGACCAAGUUCGGGAUCAGGAUGAGGAAAUUAACCAGCUGCAGAAGCAGCUGAAGGAAGCCGAACACAUCCUGGCCACGUCCAUCUUCCAGGCGCGUCAGAAGCUCACCAGCAUCGCCAAGGCCACCAAGCGGCCGGUUUCGUCGGACGAGCUGAUCAAGUUUGCGCACCGGAUAAGCGCCUCGAACGCAAUUUGCGCCCCGCUAACGUGGCAACAGGGAGACCUGCGGCGGCCAUACCCGACGGACAUCGAGAUGCGGUUGGGCUUCCUCGGCAAGUCCGACCUGACCAUCAACGGGCACCAGAAUCCGGCCGGCCAGAACAGCCUCGGCGAAAUCAACCGCACGGGGGCAGCUGGCGGUUCGGGGACGACCCCGGGGGGAAGUUCCGGUGGUGGCACCGGGGAGAUUCCGGCCUCGGCGCAGAAUCAGUUCGCGUGGCAUCCGUCCGGUGAGCUGCACAUGACCAUGGGCGGUGGGUCGUCGGUUCCGCUGGACACCCGCGCCGGCGGCCAGGAUGACGUGGAGGUCAUGUCCACCGACAGUUCCAGCUCCAGCUCGAGCGACUCGCAGUGAUCUUCUAAUUUAUGUUAAGUCGAAUAAAUCAUUCUUAUUGUGUUAGACAAAGAAAA